AUGCCUGCUGAGCACAACAACCGCGUUAGAAAUAACAAUGCAACUUCUAACCUGGAUCCGCACUGUCAUCCUCUGGCUCCUCGGCAUGACAAUUCUCCAACGGAUGGUCUCCAAAGAGCACCAACACCUUACCCUUCCCAUAUCCAGACAUUAGAAGAAUGCUUCACUGCUGGAAUGAUAGAAAUGCCAGUUCCUAGGCGACCCAUCUUGAGCUUCCCCUCCCAGCAAGAAUCUGAUGACUCCUCUUUGGAAUUUCUUGAUGAAGGAGGUUUUUGCUAUCCAUUCACACCCCUCUUGGCAAAUAUUACUUGUUGUCCAUUUCUCAUCCCAGGACCCCUGGACUCUUCUAACAGCAAUGCAGUAGUCUUGCACCAGUUCCCUGGACCACUAGAAGUUCCUCAUACCUCAGAAGCAUCCACCAGAUCUUACCACGUUGCCCCUGCACAGGUUUUCCCAUCCUCAUUGCCUAUGAAUACCUCAUCCUCUCCAAACCCUGAUAGUCCCCUUGCUGCAUCCACUGACUCCCCCAAUAUGCCGCCUCUCGCCUCUGAUAUCUCCGACAAUGGUAGCCUCGAUCAUGCUCCCAAUCUACAGCUACUGGCCAAUGUCAGUGAGUAUGUUACUGCAUCAGAAGGGCACAGAAGUGAUCCACAGGAGUUUGUAGUCUACAGUGAUGAUGUAAUCCAACGACCCUCCAACGAUGUCACCCAAUACUGGCGCUCCAUUCCCUUCAACCCCUCCACUCCAGUUCAGGAUGUCGACCCCCUGGAACGAGUAUUACCCUACUUCCCCGGGGCAUACGCCAAUUUUGUUACUCGACCUCCUAUGGGUGUUCCAAUUGAUGGCAAUCCUGCGUUCGGAUUACAGCAGGUCUCGAUGACCACAGCAGAUAUACUUCGUGCCAUGGAAUCUGUAGGAAACUGGAACUCUUCGGAUAUGGAAUGGGAGGAGGACAUCAAGGAUCCUGGUGUGACUGAUGAAGUUGAUCGCUUCAGGGCCGUCGACACCAAGAUAGACUUCCUACUUGCGGCAUCACGAUCUAAAUGGACCAGUGUCGAGCUUGGCUUAGAGCUGCCAACCUGGAGGAAUGCCUUGAACAACAUGAAUUCUCCAUCAUUACCCCUCCUUCUGGCGCCAUGCCCUGUCGCCUCUGCUUCUGUACCAAAUGCGAGGUCGACGGUCACCUUCAGAGUGAGUGUUGGCAUUGGUUGUGUUCCUAUUGUGGACUCCUUCACCCUCAUCAUAAAUUCCGCACUGCUGCCGACAUCCAACCUGGACAACUUCCCUGUCCCACUAACGAACCUGGAUACUUACAAGAGCGUUGCGCUCAAUGGAAACUCUGAACAAUGA